CACUUGAAAUACCGGCAGUCAUUGCGAAAGUUUUGUGAUGUGGGGUUGGUUACUGCUCGUGGGCUGGGUUUGAGCAUUCUGGCUUAGGAUGCCGGUGAAAGUAGAUGUGGUGCCACCGCCGCCUGCCAAUUCUAAGCAACCGGGAGUAACAAAGUCCCUUCUAUAUAACGGCUCGCGUUUUCAAGGCUCACAAAAAUCAAAAGGCAAUAGUUACGACGUAGAAGUUAUUUUACAGCAUGUAGACGAAGAGAAUAGCUACCUAUGUGGGUACCUCAAAAUCAAAGGGUUAACCGAAGAGUUCCCAACAUUGACAACGUUUUUCGACGGCGAAAUCAUCUCCAAGAAAUAUCCUUUUCUUACUCGCAAGUGGGACGCUGAUGAGGACGUUGACAAAAAACAUUGGAGCAAAUUCGAGUCUUUUUGCCAAUAUGCAAAGACCUUUAACUCUGAUACGUUUGAUUACGAAGCUUUAAAGGGAACAGACUUUGUUUUCAUGAGAUGGAAGGAGCACUUUUUAGUCCCAGAUCACACGAUCAAAGAUAUUAACGGCGCUUCCUUUGCUGGAUUCUAUUACAUCUGCUUCCAGAAGUCUGCUGCAUCUAUCGAAGGCUACUAUUACCAUCGAAGUUCCGAAUGGUAUCAGUCAUUGAAUUUGAGACACGUUCCCGAACACAGUAUACAGAUAUAUGAAUUCAGGUGAAAGUAAUGCCAGCUUCUCAGCCCCAGUUGCCAUCCUAAAUCCAAUUCCCUUUCCAUGGCAGAUAGAUCUCACAUGAUAAUCCCAAAACGAAAAAUUGACAGUACUGUCGUAACAAAUUUUAAAAAUAUUAAUUUUUUAAACACGAGGCUGAGGAAAUUGGCGCAUUGGUUUAUCAUUUUAUUCGCAACGUAUAAGUCUGCAUUGAUACUGGUAAAUAAAACAACGUUUACUUGCUUUAAGUUUAUAAACAAAGGUAAGAAAUGGACUGGUCGUUAUUUAUUGUGGAACGGUAGAGGAACAGAGUGCCUCGACGAGUGAUACGCUUGCUUAUUAAUGAUUAAUUAUACAAGUAUUCAUUGUAAGGUGUUUUAUCGAAAUAAAUUAAUUGAUGGCUUUUAUCAAUUAAACACA